ACAAGUGACAAGCGUUGUUAGUUAAAACAAAAAGAAAAAUGUCAAAAUUGAUUAUUGUAUGGGUGAAAUAACUUGACAUCAUUAUUAGUAUCACUAGUGUAACAAUCAAAAUAGAGUUGAUUGUUGAAUAAACUGGAGUCUGAUCGUAAUAAUAUGGCGAGUCCGUCGCCUCAGUCCUCACCGAUGCCACCGCCACAAGCUCCGAGUCCAAUGGGUCCACCACAACAAUCCUCGUCGCCGUCGAAUCCUCAAGGAAGUCCGAUGGGACCUCCGCAGCAUCACCCGCAUAGUCCGACCCAGGGAUAUCCUGGUGGGCCUCCACUACCUGGUCCAGGUCCGGGACCUGGAGGACCUCCGAUGUCUCAACCACCGCAACCCCCACCUCAACAGCAAAAUUAUCCACCGCAUCUACAUCAAAUGCCACCUAAUCUAGGCCCUCAGGGCCCACUGGAAGGUCCACCUGGAUCACAAGGCCCUGGAGGACCGAUGAUGCAAGGACAGAUGGGAGGGCCACCAAACGCUGGGCAUAUGGGACCAAAUCAAAUGGGAGGGCCACGUGGACCUCUGAUGGGUCCGGGACCAAAUCAAAUGGGUCCUGGGGGUCUCAAUCAAAUGGACUCAGAAGGUGGAUCAAUUAGUGGACCAGGCCCAAUGUUUCCUGGAGGUCCUCGGCCUAUGGGACCGGGUGGACUAAAUCAGAUGGGACCUGGUGGUCCGAAUCCGAUGGGUCCAGGAGGGCCGAAUCAAAUGGGACCUGGUGGUCCUAAUGGGCCGAAUCAAAUGGGUCAGGGGGGAUUAAAUCAAAUGGGGCCUGGAGGUCCGAAUCAAAUGGGACCUGGAGGACAAAUGGGUCCAGGUCAUAUGGGACAACCAGGUGGACCUCCAGCACCGCCACAUAUGCAAGGGGGCCCGGGACCACAAAUGGGACCUGGAGGCCCGGGAAACCAAAUGCCAAGUGGACCAGGACAUAUGCAAGGGCCUCCACCAUCGGGACUUAUGAAUGCAGGACCAGGUCAUAUGGGUCCGGGACCCGGAUCAAUGCCAGGUCCAGGGCACAUGAAUCCAUCCAUGGCUGGUGGUCCACCGGGCCCGAUGUCCGGCGCGCCUUCAAUGGGUCCAGGCGGACAGAUGCCUAAUCACGGACAUGGUGCCAAUGGACAUUCUCAGAUGAAUGUGGGUGGUCCAGGAAAUCAAAUGAACAUGAGACCUGGUGGUCCAGGUGUUCUUAUCAAUAUGAGUGGACCUGGUGCUCCUGGACCUGGUCCAGCUGGUCCCAUGGGUCCCAAUUCCGGCCCAGGGAAUCAAAUGGGACCUGGUGGACCGAUGAUGCCCGUAUCAGGUUCUAAUCAGAUGCCUCCCGGCGGACCUUCGAGUCAAAUGGGACCGGGAGGGCCUUCAGCAAUAGGCGUUAACAAUUCCGGAAACCCAGUAGGUCCCGGCGGACCAUCAGGACCUCCAGGUAUGGGUCCAAUGCCAUCAGGAGCUCCAAAUCAACCGAUGGGACCAAUGGGACCCGGGGGACCAGGUAAUCAAAUGACUCCAGCUCCUAGUGGUCCCCCCGGCCCUUCCGGACCCGGACAAGAGAAUCUCAAUGCUCUUCAAAAAGCCAUCGAUUCCAUGGAAGAAAAAGGUCUCCAAGAGGAUCCUCGUUACUCACAAUUACUCGGUCUUCGUGCACGUGGGCAAGGUGUUCCCGGCAUGGGUGAUAAGCAGAGCUUCAGCUCUCAACAACUUCAACAGCUUCGUGUUCAAAUAAUGGCUUACCGUCUGCUAGCCCGCAAUCAACCACUGUCUCAGCAACUAGCUCUCGCUGUCCAAGGUGGAGCACCACCACCAGGGAUGCCUCAGCGACCCAUGGACCCAUCACAGGGUCCCGGUACACCAGCUGGCCCUCAACUUCAUUCCGGCGCCCCAGGUGGUGUUGGACCGGGCCCCAUUGGACCUCCACGGCCCGGUUCUCAACCAUCUCAACAACAACAGCAACAACAGCAGCAACAACAGCAGCAACAGCAGCAACAACAGCAACAGCAACAGCAGCAACAACAGCAACAGCAACCCGGGAAUAAAAUCAAUCGCGUAACAAGUAUUGCUAAGCCCGUCGGUAUAGAUCCUCUACUCAUUCUCCAGGAACGUGAAAACCGUGUAGCUGCACGCAUUGCCCUGCGUAUAGAACAGCUGAGCAAUUUACCCACAAAUAUGCCGGAGGAUUUGCGUAUAAAAGCGCAAAUUGAACUGCGUAUGCUACGAGUGCUCCAUCUCCGACGUCAACUGUGUUCUGAAAUAUUAGCAUCGACUCGCAAAGACACAACUCUUGAGACUGCGGUGAAUUUCAAGGCCUACAAGCGGACAAAACAUCAAGGAUUACGUGAAGCUCGUGCUACAGAGAACUUGGAAAAACAACAGAAACUUGAAGCAGAGCGCAAACGCCGUCUGAAGCAUCAAGAAUUUUUAACUUCCGUCUUACAGCACAGUAAAGACUUCAAAGAAUUUCAUCGUAACAACGUUGCUAAGUUGUCACGUCUUAACAAAGCUGUACUGAACUACCACGCAAAUGCUGAGCGCGAACAGAAGAAGGAACAAGAGAGAAUUGAAAAAGAACGUAUGCGUCGUCUGAUGGCUGAAGACGAAGAAGGUUAUCGUAAACUUAUUGAUCAAAAGAAAGACAAACGUUUGGCAUUUUUGCUGUCUCAAACUGAUGAGUACAUCGGGAAUCUUACUGAGAUGGUCAAGCAGCACAAGAUGGAGCAGAAACGGAAGCAAGUCGAAGAGCAGAAACGUAAGAAGAAGAAGAAGAAAAUGCAAGACGGGAUACCGGUCAAUGAAGACGGAACUCCGGCUGAGGACACGCGGGUUCAUGUCUAUGAAGUGAGCACUGGACGGACACUGACGGGUGAGGAUGCGCCGCUGAUGAGUCAGUUGAAUGCUUUCAUGGAGUCACAUCCUGGUUGGGAAGUUGUCGAGACUGACAGCGAUGAGGAAAAUGAGGAAGAUGAAGAAGAAAAUGUCUCGGAACAAAAAGCUAAUGCUAGUAAUUCUACUGCUGGAAGUAACAGCGCUGCGGGUGACAGUGAAACUAAUAAGAAAAUAAACAAAGCUAAGGUUGAGGAUGACGAGUAUAAAACUGAAGAGCAGACUUAUUACAGUAUCGCGCACACUGUACAUGAAACAGUUACCGAGCAAGCCUCGAUUAUGGUCAAUGGUAUGCUCAAGGAGUAUCAGAUAAAGGGUCUCGAGUGGUUGGUGUCAUUGUUCAACAACAACCUCAAUGGAAUUCUAGCUGACGAAAUGGGUCUCGGCAAGACGAUCCAAACGAUCGCGCUCGUAACUCAUCUUAUGGAGAAAAAGAAGGUUAAUGGCCCGUUCUUAAUCAUUGUUCCGUUGUCAACUUUGUCUAACUGGGUGCUGGAAUUUGAAAAGUGGGCGCCGAGUGUCGUUGUCGUAUCCUACAAGGGUUCGCCCGCUGGGCGACGGGCGAUACAGUCGCAGAUGCGUGCUACCAAGUUCAAUGUUCUGCUGACCACCUAUGAGUAUGUCAUCAAAGACAAAAGUGUCUUGGCUAAAUUACAGUGGAAGUACAUGAUCAUCGAUGAGGGUCACAGAAUGAAGAAUCAUCACUGCAAGUUAACCCAGGUGUUGAACACACGUUACAUUGCGCCGCACCGUUUGCUAUUAACUGGAACUCCGCUGCAAAAUAAAUUGCCCGAGUUGUGGGCGCUUUUGAACUUCUUAUUACCCUCGAUCUUUAAAUCCGUCAGUACAUUUGAGCAGUGGUUCAAUGCGCCCUUUGCCACAACUGGAGAAAAGGUUGAGCUGAAUGAAGAAGAAACAAUUCUUAUCAUUCGUCGUCUGCACAAAGUACUGAGACCAUUUUUGCUGCGACGUUUGAAAAAAGAAGUCGAGUCUCAGUUACCUGACAAGGUUGAGUAUAUUAUAAAAUGUGAUAUGUCUGGGUUGCAAAAAGUUUUGUACAAACACAUGCAGAGUAAGGGUGUGCUGCUGACUGACGGUUCCGAGAAAGGAAAGCAAGGAAAAGGUGGCGCGAAAGCGCUGAUGAAUACCAUAGUGCAGCUUCGUAAAUUAUGUAACCAUCCAUUUUUGUUCCGAACCAUUGAAGAAAAAUAUUGCGAGCACAUUGGGGUCCAGGAUUCUCACACAGUAUCAGGACCAGAUUUAUAUCGCGCGUCAGGUAAAUUUGAAUUGUUGGAUCGCAUACUGCCUAAGCUAAAGGCGACCAAUCAUCGCGUGUUACUGUUCUGUCAAAUGACGCAGCUGAUGACGAUAAUGGAGGAUUACUUAAGCUGGCGCGGGUUCAAGUAUUUGCGGCUGGACGGUACAACCAAAGCCGAAGAUCGUGGUGAUUUACUGAAGAAGUUCAACGAUCCUGGGUCACAGUAUUUCUUAUUCUUGCUGUCAACUCGUGCAGGUGGUCUGGGUCUUAAUUUGCAAGCCGCUGAUACUGUUAUUAUAUUUGAUUCCGACUGGAAUCCACAUCAAGAUCUGCAGGCACAGGAUCGUGCCCAUCGUAUUGGGCAGAAGAAUGAAGUGCGGGUGCUAAGGUUGAUAACUGUCAAUUCUGUUGAAGAAAGAAUACUGGCUGCGGCACGAUAUAAGUUGAACAUGGAUGAGAAAGUCAUCCAGGCUGGAAUGUUUGACCAGAAAUCAACAGGAAGUGAGAGACAGCAAUUUUUACAGAGUAUUUUACAUCAAGACGACGCGGAUGAUGAGGAAGAAAAUGAAGUAGCAGAUGAUGAAACAGUUAAUCCGAUGAUCGCUAGAUCAGAAGGUGAGAUUGAGAUCUUUGCGAAAUUAGAUCUCGAGCGACGACGUGAAGAAGCGAAGCUGGGUCCGAAUCGUAAGCCGCGAUUGUUAGAGGAAAAUGAGUUGCCUGAUUGGUUGAUUAAAAACGACGAGGAAGUCGAGCGCUUGACUUAUGAAGAAGACGAUGAUCGGUACUUAGGACGUGGAUCUAGGCAGCGUAAGGAAAUUGAUUAUACUGAUAACUUAAUUGGUAAGGAGUGGCUCAAAGCUAUUGACGAUGACGGUGUCGAGUAUGACGACGAAGACGAAGAUGAUAAGAAGAGAAAGAAAACGCGCAAGCGACGCAAGAGAGGCGAGGAAGAUGACGAACCAACACCGAAAAAACGCCGCGGGGGUGGCAGCAGUGGCAGUGGCUCUGGUCCUUCUGUUGAUACGAAGCUACGCAGGGCCAUGAAAAAAUUGUUGAUGGUUGUUGUUAACUAUACUGAUAGUACUGACGGGAGAUUGUUGAGUGAACCAUUUAUGACACUACCAUCUCGGCGAGAGUUACCAGAUUACUAUGACGUCAUAAAAAAACCAUUGACUAUCAAUAAGUUAUUGAAGAAUAUUGAUGAGAGCAAAUAUUCGAGUGUAGAUGAAUUGGAAAAAGAUUUCAUGCAGUUGUGUAAAAAUGCCCAAAUUUACAACGAAGAAGCCUCACCAAUUCACGAGGAUUCAAUUGUUCUGGAAUCGGUAUUUACAAACGCACGACAAAGACUCGAAGCCGAAGGUUCAAUGUCUGAUGACGAAAAUAAUUCAUCUCCAGACGAGCGUGAUGAUGGAUCGGACGGCGAUUCGAGUGUAAGGAUGAAGAUUAAAUUAAAAGGACGUAAGGGUGAAAGUAGAUCGGGUAGUAGACGUAAAAGAAUUACGAAAAAAUAUAUUUCUGAUGACGACGACGAUGCUGAUGACAAUUAAGUCAUUUAUAUUUUUAUAUUUCUUUGAUAAAUUAGCGACUUUUACUGUCACUAUAACGACUGUAAUUAAAAUUACAUUUAAAUAACUUUUAAUUUAUGAAUCCAACUUUGCUUUUAUUUUUGCCGCAGCAAAAACAUGAUUUAAAUUUUAUAUAAACUAACAAUUAUAUUCUUUGGCAUCAGUAUCGUUAAAAAUAUACUUUUAUCUUUUUUAAAUGUUGAAUAGAAACAAGUUCCGGAUUUGGUAGUAUCUUCCAUUAUUAUUAUAAUUAAAUAACUAUA